UGUGCUUCUGCUGCUGUUGCUGUUCAUGCACAAAUUUUUCUCAUUCUGGUUUGUAUUAUUACGUAGUCGUGGUUCAUGUUGUUUCUUGGGCAUUAAAAAUUACUUCAUUCUCAUUCUUCUAUGAAACAAACCUGGCCACCACACAGACAAUAAAUUGCUCUACGUAAGUAAAGACAAACUUACUUUAUUACCCUCACAGCAAGAAUUCGGAUUCGCCUCCCAUACAUACAAACCAUCCAACACUAGUAAAAGUGCUAACAAACAACCCAAGCAAAACCAACCAACAAUAUUUAUUCUAUCACCGGCAUUCCGAAAGGGAUUUUCAACCGACCUUCACAGUGUCUUUUUUUACAUGCACACGGUAACUUACCUCCGCAGAUAAUCCAAGCACGAAAAAGGUACCAGGCAGGAUUCUGUAGAGUGCGAUAAGAAAGAAGGUGAGUUUCACUCGAAGAGCGGAUGGGUGCAUGUAUUUAUUAAGUAAGCGAGAAGACCAAAGAGUGACCAAAGUGAGAUGAACCUUAGCUCUUCUACACUUCUUAACCGUGUGUGCUGCAGUUGUUAAGUUGCCAAAGUCAACUUUUAUCCAAGUCAGUCAAGUUUUAGCAUCUCUCACGAAACUUGCUCUCAACAACCCACCAACAAACCAGACAUCAAAUUUCACUGCUAACCAACCAAGAAAAACAACAGGAGCUGAAUUGCUUCCAUAUAUUACUCAAGAGCUCCAAAAUUAUAAUUGCAAUCAGCUCACCGUUUUGUUUUUUGGUUCAUACUCUCCGUCUCAACUUAUUAAAUACUCUGUCGUGUGGUCUCAUCUCAUACUGUGUCUCACCAAGUGAAAUUCAUGUAAUUAAUGUGAACUAAUCGGUCAACACAACUGCAUUUAUUUAGUAAUCUCAGUUCCAGAAGAUAUACAUACAUGUAGUUAUACUAAUUCUAAAUAGUAGUUGGAUUUGAGUGGGUAAACAAAUUGAAUUAAAAAAGUGACUCGACAAUGUAGCAUGAUAAUAUUUUGUGUGACUAAGUGGACUGGCAUGUUGUUGAACAUCACCGAAUCAAGAAAGGUGGACAAAGCCACAAGCAAUCAGUAUCCACUUCAUCACCACUACCAACUGAAAACAUGAACAAUUAUGUGCAAUCUGACUGGAUUAUGAUGUUGGUGAUAAAAGUGUGAAAAUUUUUCUUCAGAAAAGGUGUGCUAGCCACUUCUUACCACAUCACUUUCUCAUCACAGUUCAAAUUUCUUUGCUCGGAACGUCAUACUGUGUGAUCCUUCACCAAAUUCACCUUCCAGUCGUACAAAUGUGAUUGUCCAAUUAAAAGCCAUAAUGCUUCCAAUAGUUCAUCUUGCUAAAAAAAUGAAAUAAAACUUGAGCGACCACGACAAACCGUCGUCCGUAAAAUCCAAGUCACACCCAUGCCAAGUCGGUACACUAUUUCCCUUGUGUUCAUAAAUUACAGUCACAACAGUAAUUUGAUUUUUUGCUUCGCCCAUAAUUAUCAUGCAUUUCAAUUGAAUUGAUCUUUCGGUUGACUGUCAACUCCAAUGCAUUAAGCUCAAUUUGGACGGAACCACCGCAUAACACUGCCAGCCACAUAUUUACGGACGGACAAUAAAUAAAUAUAAAUAUUACACACGGUGUGUGGAACAGCGUCUCAAGUCCGAGCAUUCAAUUAAAUUCUGCUAUAAACCAGCAGUCUACUUGCCGGUUAUGAAACUCAAAGAAGAAGUUUAUACCAACAACUUCCUACCCGUGAUGCUUCUUCUGCUUCGUUCGUAUGUUAUGCCGUCGUCGACCAGCGAAUACAAAUUGCUAAUUUGAUUGCUGUGUUUCAUUUCACCCGAAUGGAAGACGUGUAACGAAAGUUUUUAUUAUUAUAAAGUACAUGCAUUUAAAGCAGCGCUGGCUGACUAUGUUGGACAUUGGACAGUGACUUCACAAUGUUGUUUGUUGAGGAGACUUUUGAGAAAUUCAAUUGUGAAGAAGUGAUUCAUUAGCAUGUUGUAGGUUUCAAGUGGAGGUGACUUUUUAUCUCAAGCGUACAGCCAUUUAUUAUACCAUCAAACAAGGCUUACAAUACUACUUGGUUUGCCCUACCACACUGCCACGCUGCACACUGGGAUAUAUGUACGAGGAUAUUUAUUAAUAAGGGUUAUUGGAUGGAGACACACCUCAUUACCUCAGCUUGCAGAUGAAGAUUUUCAUGCAUCGGCUCAAUCCUCGCCACAAGUAAAAGCCUUCGACGAGGCGAAAGAAAGAGUGAAGAAGAACCAGAUUGAGAAUCAACAUUCCAGGAGCUGAGUCAACGCAGCCAAGAAGCCCCUGCCGACUCCCAGAUUGAGACUGAGAUGCUAAAGCACUCGAUCAGUCAUUACGGGUCAACUGGGACCCCGCUGCAAACCACGCAACAUCCGCUUACGAGUUCAUCCCACUCGGGGGAUACAUCGCAUCACCUGCAUCACUCAACGGUGGUCGACCCCACGCGUUUCAUUGAAGGUCCUCCGCCACACCACACCCCUUACCAACCACCCCUCCACCAGCAGCACCAUCACCAACCCCAGCACUCUCACAGUAAAAGUUACUUGGAACAAUCUUAUCCAAGCAUACACAACUCACGACUAUUUUUGGACUCGUCGCGAAUAUCUCGGGUCACGACAAAAGAUGAUUUAAUCAGCGGAUCUCACCACAAACAACCUCACAAUGGAAGUAUUUACUAUUCCCCUGGACAACCCCCACCAGUUCCUCCGCCACCAAAUAAUGUUCUAAACGAGACGUCAAAUACGUCAAAUAUUACUAGUUCAAGCCAUCAACAUGCAGCUUAUUUCCGACAUGGGAUUCUCAGGUCACUUUCUCUACUGUCAAUAUUAUCCCUCCUUCUGGCACUCAACUCGUUGUACUUCCUGUUACAAAUUGUAUCGCCUCUCCUCCGCAAGUACACUAAUGGUGGUGAAGUCGAGAUGAUGUACGAGGUGACGCUAUGUCUAUCAGCUAUGUGCCUUUCAAUCAAUCUGUGCGUGCUAUUAGUCUCCAGUGCUCAAUUCUUUUUCGCCGUGUCAGGUUCUCCUGGUUCAACUUCGUUCUUACAGAAGGUAACCGUAACGCGAGGGAUUGCCAUAGGAGGCUUUUUCCUCUCUAUCCCUAUAUUUUUAUCCGCAAUUGUCCUCUAUACUUUCACACAUCUUACGUUCUCACCGCCCGCGCUGAUUGCGACCGCUUGCGUCGGGACAGCGAUUAUUUUUGGAGGAUGCUCCAUGGUCCAUCAAGUAUUUACCUGGCAACAAGAGAAAACUGCUAAAAGAAUCCCAAUGAUGCCAAUGCGGGCGUCUCCAUUCCCGACGAUCGAGCUGUCGACGUUAGUCUAACCCCAUCUGCAUACCUGAUACAACAACCAGUGUGUUCCUCCAAUUAAACUACGUAAACGCGUCAUUUCGUUGUCAUUACAAUGUUUCAAAUCAGCGAAAUUGUCAUUAACUCGUAUGUAAAAUAGUUAAAAUAUUUUGUAUUUAUGCGAUGUAUAAAAAUAUUUAUUAAACCAAAAAUGCCUUUAAACGCUUGCAUGCAAAAUAUGCAAUCAUCAUAUACUUAGAUCUGUUAUUCUUUGAAUUGUUAAUAAAUGAACGGAAAUCCGAUUAAUAUUGAAUUUUAUAGUAACCAAAUAAAUUGAGAAACACUAAAUACUAC